AUAUNAACUACUGGAGGGCUUAGAUUACAUGCACAGUCGCUAUGUUGGACAUCUUGGACUAACGGUAGGUGAUGUCAUGGUUUCCCGGGUUAACAGUGACGACAUCAGAUUCGGAGAUUUUGGAUUGGCUGCUAGACUGUUGCCAGGAAAAGAUUAUUUCUUAGAGUAUGGACAUCCUGAAUUUGUUGCGCCUGAAAUAGCGAAGAAAGAACCAGCAACCUUGCUUGCAGACAUGUGGAGUGUAGGAGUUAUUACCUAUCUAUUGCUGAGUAGCAUUUCCCCGUUCUUGGGGGAGAAUGACCGGGAGACGCUGACCAGGCUGCAGCAGGGAAAAAUCAACUUCAGUGAAGAUGCGUUUACAGGAGUCAGUGACGAUGCCAAGGACUUCAUGUCCAAAUUACUCGUCUUUGAUCCUAAGGGACGGAUGGAUGUAAAAACAGCUUUACAGCAUAGGUGGAUCAAGGUAAUACUCGAGUUUAUGACAUUUAUGGAGGCGUUUGGUUUCAAAAUCAAUUCCUGA